UUUCAUUAGAGUCGUAAGCAAUAUCAUAAAGAGUUAUAUUUGCAGGUCAAGAAUGGAGCAAUUGCUGCAUGGCACACUUAUUAAUGUGACCAUAGAUGAGAUUGAUAGACUAAAGAUCUCUGGAGGAUUGUUCUGCGAGGAUGUUGGACUAUUGGAGAAAGGGAAAAUAUUGCUAGCCCAGCUUACGAGACUCGUGCUAUGCCAAUCAGUACCUGCCCUAUGCAAUCUCAACCUGUUGGUGCAAGAGGCAGCAGCAAGCUGGUUUCAGCUUUGCUUGGACAUCAAGUGUCGAGCCUUGCUGAAGAAACUAUUGAAGAAGAAAGAACAAAAAGAAAUUUGCAAUGAAAAAACAGAAAAGAUAGAGAUAGAUUUGAAUGAAAUCUUUUCAUUAACAACAAAAAAAGGCAUUAUGCUAUUACCUAUAUCAGUUAACUUGUCAAAUGAACAAGUAAUCACCUAAUCAAUUACCUAA